AUGAGCAUACGAGAGCUUGUAUGGGGGGGGACGAUCAAUGUCACACUGACUGUUGACCAGAAACUGUUUAUCCCGGGAGUCCCCGCAGAGACUGGUUCUCUAAACUUUAGAAUCCGAAGAGACAGUUACAUUGUAGAGUGCCUCCCCCGAUUGUUGAAUCAACUGCAAAGGUAUAUGGUAGGCAAUCUCGCCGAUAUACUGAACCAUUGCUGGCUUGAAUGUGACAGUACUGUUCUUCCCUGGUUUCAACCGGUCGGGGUACAGUACGAUUUGGUACGCUAUGAUGCUAUAUUACAGCGCGAUGAGUUCCUUAAAAUGGCGAGCUCGGUAGACGCAAUAACCGUAUGGCGCAUAAAGCUAAAUUACGGACCCACACUUCCUGCUGGAGUGAUCCCACUCAUUAGGCAGCCUAACCAGAUCGAAUCAUAUUGGAUGCAUCGCUGGAAACAGGCCUGUUUCAUACUGAACGGGACCUCAAAGCAGAUGAUGUCGUUGUCUCGCAAUGAUUCCAAGAAGUUUUGGGAUAGCGUGAGGAAUGGUGACUCAAAUGAUUUUGAAUACGUAUCUGCAAAGAUUGUACCAACAAAACCAAGGAUGAUACCGUUACAGUUACACGAUAUAAAUGAUCCUUCACGAAUACACCAGCCUCGGGCGGAGUGUGAAAACUCAUCAGGUAAGAAGACGAGUUUAUUAGACGCGGUGGCCACCACGUUACCACAACUACUUGCUGAAAAGGGACAGCUAUCGUCAUCGACUACUUUGAUCUGUCAAGGUAUAAUUAUAGACGCCGAUGAACAGUUGGAACGACUGUAUCCUCCCAUGAAGAGUUUUGACGGGUUUUUGCACGUAGUUGUAGUGACUAUAUUGUGA